AUGAAUAAUUCAAGAAAUUGUAGGGACGAAAAAGUUAUUGAUGAAUACGAAGAUGAUGAAGUAUUUGAUGAUUCUACAUUUUUGGCGAAUUUUGCAAACACUUCCUUCGAUAAAUCUAAGUUUCACGUAAAAACCUCAAAUGGAUCAUUAAAUAAAAAUGAUUUGAAUGUAAGUGCAUUAUGUUGUGAUGAAGAGUUAAAUGGCUAUGACAAACUAUUAGGACAAACAUGGAUUUACCCAACAAACUAUCCAGUCAGAGAUUAUCAGUUCAAUAUCAUAAAUGCUGCACUAGUGAAUAACACUUUGGUGAGUCUGCCCACAGGCUUGGGCAAGACAUUCAUAGCAGCUGUUGUUAUGUACAAUUUCUACAGAUGGUAUCCACUAGGCAAGAUUGUUUUUACUGCACCCACCAGACCACUUGUGGCUCAACAAAUAGAUGCCUGUUAUAAUAUUGUAGCUAUACCGCCGAGGGAUACUAUAGAAAUGACAGGUCACAUGCAAACCUCGACAAGAAAAUUACACUGGCAAAAUAAAAGGGUAUUCUUUGCUACUCCACAAGUUAUAUACAAUGACAUAAAAUCAGGUAUAUGUCCUGGAGAUAAGAUCCGUUGUUUGGUAAUAGAUGAAGCUCAUAGAGCUAGGAAGAAUUAUGCAUACUGUCAGAUUAUUAAUGCCUUAGAUGAUAUGGGACACAAGACAUAUAGGAUAUUGGCAUUAUCUGCAACACCAGGUAGUAAAGUGGAUGAUGUUGUCAAUGUUGUGAAAAGUUUGCAUAUAGCAAAUUUAGAACUGCGAUCAGAAGAGUGCAUAGAUGUGGCACGUUAUAGUCAUUCUCGUAAAAUCAACACGGUUAUUAUACCUUUAGGAACAGAGCUGACUCACCUGAAACAAAGAUAUGUUGAGAUUCUAGACUAUUAUGCAAGACGACUGAAACAAUUGAACAUUCUGCCCCAGAAUCUAGGAAAUUUAUCAAAAGGGAGAAUAGUCAUGAUGUACAAAGACUUCCAAACGAAAGACCGCAGUAAUAGGCAUCCACAACACAACUACAUUAUGAAAGAUUUCAUGAUGCUCAUCGCUCUAUUCCACGGGCUCGAGCUCUUAACCAAGCAUGGUUCGAGAGUAUUCCUGAAUUUCUUUGAUGAGCACCCUGAAAAGUCAUGGAUUCAGUCUGAUGAUAAAUUAACGGGACUUUUGGAACAGCUGAGAGACGAUUUAGGCAUCAAUCCUAUGUCUUUGAAUACCAGCAUUUUGCCCGAUGGAACUAUACCGGAGAUUCCUAAAAAUUUAAGAUUUGGCCAUCCCAAAUUCUAUAAGUUGAAAGAAAUAAUGAUGGAACAUUUCACGAAGGCCCAACAAAAUGGGCAGGACACUAGGGCCAUUGUGUUCUGUGAAUAUCGCGAGAGUGUGAACUUGGUGCACUGUCUGCUGCUGCAGUGUCGUCCUCUCAUUACUCCUCAGACGUUUGUCGGACAAGGAGCUUCAGGUAAGGACGGCAGGACGGUGGUGUCGCAGCCGCAGCAGCUGCGCGUGAUGCGUGCGUUCCGCGCGGGCGCGUGCAACACGCUCGUUGCCACGUGCGUCGCCGAGGAGGGACUGGACGUCGGCUCCGUCGACCUCAUCCUCUGCUUCGACAUCUCCACGAGGUCGCCCGUCAGGCUCGUGCAAAGGUGCGGUAGGACGGGUCGCGAACGUGGAGGACAAGUGUAUAUUCUAGUCACGGAAGGAAGAGAGCAUCAGACAUUAAUGGAUUGUAUGCGUCAAAGGGACGGACUGAACGCGAAACUAUUGCAGUCAAACGAAAUCAAGGAGAGCCUUUACAAGCUUAAUCCGCGCAUGAUGCCGCACGAUUUCACGCCCAAAUGUCAGAUGCUGCACAUCACGGUCGCCAAGAGAAACGAAACGACACAAAACAAUGAGAAAUGUAAAAAGGGUCAGAAGAACAUUCGUUCAAUGCUGCUAAGCAAAUCGACAGAGCCUUCGAAUACAACGAAAAAAUCAAAAGGCAAAUCGGAACUCAUAACAAAUGAACAAUACGGCAAAUUGUCGCCCGAGACCAUCUCUGAGAAUAAAUACUUUGCUGAACACAAAGAAUACUGGUCCAUGGACAGAGAAACAUAUCUAAAGGAUGAUAGUAAUGUUGAAACAAAUUUGGAUAUGUCGAAGUGGUUGGAACUGCAGAGAACUCUACAGGACACUGUGAACGUUGAACAUUCGGAGGACACAGUUCUUCUGACCGAACUACUUCAGUUCAGUAAAACGAAAAAAAACGAAUUGAAAAAUUCACAGAACAGUCUCGCUUCACAAGAAUUCCUCACAAAAUUGCAAAAGCCCUCUCCGGUUAAAUCGAAACAGGCAAGGAAGAGGCAAAAGAUGGCGAGCUCGCCCGGCAAAAAGAACGGAGAUAUCAGGGCCUUAUUCAGUACGGCGACCAAGUCGACCAAAAGCUACACGAAAUUAAUCAACGAUUUAGGCCUCCAAAAUGAUAACACGGCACCCGUUGCCUUCGUCGACCUUCUUGUGGAUUUGAACUUAAAUAACUCGAACUCGGAGAACAAAUGUUAUAUCUGUGAAAACUUGUGCGAAUGUAAAAUUUUCAACGGUGUGUCAGAUAAAAAACAAACUUCCGGUCUUUUGAUCAAUUUGAAUGAAAUAAAUUUACCCGAUGUAGAUCUAAUCGAUUACAUUUCUGCGAAGUCUAUUAGUGAAUACCGGAAUAGGGCUGUCGAGGAUCGAGCUUCACCUGACGUCAACAAAACAGAUUUAGCUGAAAAAAAUGUUUCAGCUAACUUUGAUUUAGACUUGGAAUUCGACUCACAGAUCUUUAGUGAGAAAUCGAAUGACAAUGAAUUUGAAAAAGAUGAGGUGAAUAGAGAGAACAAUUUUGAUAUAGGAGAACUUCAUGAUAUAUUUGCCAACAGUAGUCCUUUGGACAAUUUUGAAGCUGAAAAAACUGAUAAACCCGAAGAAAAUGAGAAGGUACUGAGUUUCUUCGGUCUUGACAGCGUUGAAGAUAUAUUUGCCGAUUACGAAGAUAGUUUCGAUAAGAAAUGCGACGAACCAGAGAUGAAAGAUGUCGAGGCAGAUAAAACUGAUGAUGUGACAUUCCUAAACGUUCGUUCCACAACAGAAACUCACAAACCAAUGCCAGAUGAAAAUCCGUUAAGUCCAUCUAUUUUAUCUGGAAGAGUUAAACCCAAAGAACAGGUGACGUCGCCUAUACUCUGUUCCCAAAAACGCAAAUUCGAGCUGAGCACCAAGAAAGAAAUACAUCGGAACUCUACACCGAUCGCUAAAAAGUGUCUAUUAUUUGAUAAAAUUGACAACAAUGCAAGUUCUAAAAAUAAAAAUACAUCAAACACAACCGAAGAUAGUAUGUUUACAAUAACACAAGUACUUGAAUUAAUUAACAAAACAAAAGACGAGAAAGCUCUUGAAUCGGUAGCUACACAUUCAAAAACUGAUAUAAACGACAAUGAGGAUAAUUUAUGCGUUUCUCCCAUUCUACCAUCACAGACUGAACGCAAGAAGUUAACCGAUUUGACGAAAUCUAAUAGAAACUCUUAUUCCAGAGAUCUUUCACAAAAGUCAAGUAUAAUAAUUUCAGAUAGUGACAGCGAUUCCAAGGACACAGUCAUCUAUGAUGCGGCUGAUGUAUUUGGCAAAAGCGAACGUGAAAAUAAUAGUGAAAGUGGCGGCUCGAUUUCUCAUUCCGACAAAGUUUCUAGUUUAAUGCAAGAUAAAUUCCCUGUACAAAUUGACUCUAAACGUAAAUUAGAAAUGGACGAUGACAAGAUAGCUUCUCCGUAUUUUAAUAAAAAACCAAAGUUAACAAAGAGCCCCGACAAACAGAGAACAUUAAAAGAAAAGAUUUUGGCUUCCGUUAGUUCGUUCAAGGUUAAACAAAAGUUCGACAACUUCCAUUGCUCCGUUUCCCAAAGCAACGUCAUGUCGCAAAAGGAAAAUAGAAAUCCGCAAUUUGCUUCUCAAUUCGCGAAAACUACAAGCGCUACCGAGAAAGAUGUCAAAGGAAAUUUGGAGUUCUUGCAAAACUAUCGACGCGAUCCAAAUAAGCUGCAACAAAGCUUAAUGAAUAAGUUUAGUACAAUAUUUAACAAUAGAAGCCCUGAGAAAUUACAAUCACCGCAAAAACGGAAAAUUGCUUUCGACGACAGCGAUGACGAUUUCAUCUUAGAUGAUAAAAAUAAAUAUGCCGACCGUCCCGCGCGAAACAGUUCGCUCAAAACAAUCAAAAUUAAAAAAAAAAAAAAGAAAUGUAACUCUUACUUGGAUCUGGAAGCGGAACUGUCUGAUGAAGAUGAUCGCGACAGUGGUGAUGAACUGUCGGACGAAAGCGUCGGUAGUAUCAUCGACUUCAUAUGUGACGACAACGUAACGCAACACGAGGAUGUGCAGGCACUUUACCUCAAAACAACAAAGAGUCCCCUAAAACAGGGUGGCUUCAAAAUACCGGAGUUACCUAGAAGACUGAAGGAAGAUAUUUUAUCGCAAUUUGUUGAAGAAGAUUCAUACGAAAUGGAUAGUUUCUGUGUAGACUCUCAUAUUGGACUUACUCAAGUCAAUGAAGUUUCUGCACUUGAAGUCGCGGAAAUGGUUUUAGAAAAACGCAGAAAAAAGAAGAAAAAAAGUAGAAUACAGGAGCCACAGUCUCCAGAAGCUGGUGACAGUCCUCUUGUGAAGCGAAGUAACAAAAAUUGUAAGAGGUCAAUACAAAGCGAUUCGGAUGACAGCAGCUGACGUAUGUUAAUAAUAGAUUAUAAUAUUGAAUUUCAGAAUAUGAAUUUGAGAAAGAAUCAUCAAAAUAACUUGUUAGUAGUCUUUUUCUUUUUAACCGACUUCAAAAAAGGAAGAUGUUCUCAAUUCGUCUAUAUGGUUUUUUUUUUAAGUUUUUAACAACAACUUAGCAACAACGAAUUGCUGUAACUGUUUAAGAGACACGCUGAAUGUUCUUCUAGACUCUAGAGCAAUUUUGUGUGUUACAUAUUUAUGGUUUCUUGCAUUUCAAGAGUUUCCAAUCUUGAUGGAUAGUGUCGUACACUUGUAACCAAGCCAACAAUUAUAUUAUGGCCUACUAGAAAUUCAAUAUUAAAUUUAAAUUUAAUUUGUUAAUUGAUGAUCUUUGUAUUCGUAAAUUCGUAUAUACAUUUGGUUCUGUGAUAUAAAUUAUCAAUCUAACUGUAAAUAUCAAUUAUAAUCGAGAUAUAUUGUACUACGAAUUAUGUCAUUUGUAAAUAAUAGUAUAUUUGUAAUACAUACAUGUAAAGAUAAAUAUGAC